AUGGCCCUUAGCAAAUCAUGGCAGUGGCCCCCACUGGAGUCUUCUCCUCGAAUGUGUAGAAGACCCCUAUCCAAAAACUACCAUCAGUUCCUGGCAUUGAUGUUUGCUGUCAUGGAGGUCAACAGGGACCUGAUUCUCCUCCCCAACAUCACCCUUGGCUUCCUCAUCUAUGAAAAUCAGAAGAUGGAGAGGAAGAUUUUCUCAAACAGCCUCUCCCUGCUGUCCACACGACGCCAAAUGUUUCCAGGUUACAAAUGUGACAGGCGGGAUCCUUUGCUCUCUGUCAUUGGAGGUCACAACUCCAAAUCCUCAAGGCAGAUGGCCUCCAUCUUCAGCAUCUUCAAGGUCCCACAGCUAAUCGCCUUGCUGAUGCCCACUCAGCUCAGUUCACCAAAGCUUGGUGUCGGCUUUGAGUUCACUCAAGGAGACAGAAGAGUUUAUCCUUCCUUCUUCCGGAUUAAUCCCAGUGAAUCUGCUCAGUAUGUGGGUUUAGUCCAGCUGCUCCUGUAUUUCCACUGGAACUGGGUUGGGCUGGUGGCCAACAUAGAUGAUGGUGGGGAACAUUUUGUCUCAUCUCUGAUACCAAAGCUCAAGGAGGAGGAGAUCUGCCUGGCCUUCACUGAAAUAAUGAAAUUUGAUUUUUACACUGAACAAGAUCCAAAAUUGCAUCAUAUUUUGAACACGUGGUCAAAAGACCCUUUGAACCCACGAGGGGAUGUCUUUCUCCCUCCAUGGUGGGAAGGGGUCUUUGACUGCAGGAUCUGCAAACCAGGAGAGCUCCUUCAAAAGGAGGAACAACCAUGUACAGGAAAGGAGAAUUUGCAGAAUCUGCCAAUUUACAUGUUUGAAACAAGCAUGACAGGUGAAAGUUACAAUAUCUACAAUGCCAUUUAUGCUGUGGCCCAUGGACUACAUGCCAUGCAUGGAUCAGGAACACGACCAGCUAUGAUGAGACUUGGAAAGAAGAUCUCAGAUGUCCAGUCAUGGCAGCUUCUUCCAUACUUGAGGGACAUCCAGUUCAACAACAGCGCUGGGGAUGAAAUCUACUUCUCAGAAAAUGGACUGGGAUCUGCUCGUUAUGACCUUUUCAACUGGGUUCUGCUCCCCAACAAAUCUUUUGUCCCUGUGAAAGUUGGACAAAUAGAUCCCGGGGCUCCUGCAGGACAGGAUUUCACCAUUAAUUCCGAUGCAAUUGUCUGGGCCAAAAAGAAGGUGCCCUUUGCCAGGUGUGGCCUGAAGAGGUGCCAGGCAGGAGAGAGGAGAAGAGUUCCAGAGGAUUCUGCAAGCUGUGAUCCAUGCCCAGAAGACCAAUAUCCCAACAAGGAGAAGGACCACUGCAUUGCUAAGAAGAUCCACUUCCUUGCCUAUGAAGAUGCCCUGGGAUAUACUUUAGCUUUGCUCACCCUUUUUCUCUCUGUGAUCACAUUGGGAGUCCUGGCAAUUUUCCUUAAACAUCGUGACACACCGAUUGUCAAGGCCAACAACCGAGAUCUCACUUACCUCCUCCUGGUCUCCCUCCUGCUCUGCUUCCUCUGCUCCUUCCUCUUUAUUGGUCAACCUGGGAAGCUCACCUGUCUCUUCCGACAAACUUCCUUUGCCAUUCUCUUCUCUCUUGCAGUUUCCUCUGUGUUGGCAAAAACUGUCAUGGUGGUUCUGGCCUUCAUGGCCACCAAGCCAGGGAACAAGACAAGGAAAUUCUUAGGAAAACCACUGACUAACUCCAUUGUCGUAGCCUGUCCCCUGGUCCAGGCAAUUCUUUGUGCCACCUGGCUGACAAAUUCUCCCCCAUUUCCCAACUUGGAUUUCCAUGCCUUGACUGGAGAGACCAUCUUGGAAUGUAAUGAAGGCUCAACUUCAAUGUUUUACAUUGUCCUUGCCUACUUGGGUUUCCUGGCCCUUGUGAGUUUCACUGUGGCCUUUCUGGCUAGGAAAUUGCCAGACAGCUUCAAUGAAGCCAAGUUCAUAACUUUCAGCAUGCUGGUCUUUUGCAGUGUUUGGAUCAGCUUCUUCCCCACCUACCUGAGCACCAAAGGGAAGUCCAUGGUGGCCGUGGAGAUCUUCUCCAUCUUGGCUUCUGGGGCUGGUCUCUUGGCUUGUAUCUUUUUCCCCAAAUGUUACAUUAUCCUGCUGAGGCCCCAUCUGAAUUCAGUUAAAAGGAAGAAACAGCUGCGA